GUGCCUGAGUGGGAGCGUUUCCGCGCGACCGCCAGCAGGACUGACAGGCAGCUCGCUCCCCGGCUCCCUCCCUCCCUUAUAUACUGUCUAUGCUCCCUCCCCGGCGUAGCCGUUAGCUCGGUCGGUGCACUACUUGCUCUUUGAAUGGUUUAGCGGCGACAGGCAAAGCAGGACUGUGAUGCGAGUACUAUAAAAGGAACCGAGUUACUGUUCACGUCAAAAAAGAAACAGAAGCCACACCGAACCAAGGUGAGAGGCUGAGUGAGCGAGGGAGCGAGUAAGAGAAGGAACGAAAGAGAGAGCGAGAGAGAGCGAGAGGGGCCAUGGAGCAGCAGAGACAGAGAUCUCUCUCCACAUCAGGAGAAUCGCUGUACGUCGUGCUGGGAGUCGACAAGAGCGCCACGACAGAGGAUAUCAAGAAAUGUUACAGGAAACUGGCAUUGAAGUUUCACCCGGACAAGAACCCGGAUAACCCGGACGCGGCUGAAAAGUUCAAGGAAAUCAACAACGCCCACUCCAUCCUGAGCGACGCCACCAAGAAGAACAUCUACGACAAAUACGGCUCGCUGGGGCUCUACGUCGCAGAGCAGUUCGGAGAGGAGAACGUCAACACCUACUUUGUUCUGUCCAGCUGGUGGGCGAAGGCCUUGUUCGUCUUCUGCUGCCUGUCCACAGGCUGUUAUUGUUGCUGUUGCCUGUGUUGCUGCUGUAACUGUUGCUGUGGUAAAUGUAAACCUCGGCCGCCCAUGGACCAGGAGCCCGAGUUCUACGUCUCCCCCGAGGACCUGGAGGCCCAGAUGACCGCUGACGAGAGAGAUGGCAGUGAGCCCAUCAUGAUGCAGCCGUCCUCAGCCACAGAAACCACCCAGCUCACGUCUGAUGCCCACCAAAGCUACAGGACCGACGCAUACUAGACACACACACACACACACACACACACAGCUCACACCUUCUGGUAACCACAGCUACAGUAUCAUCCAAUGGUUCCAACACACACACACGCACCAGCAAAUACUACAUACAAUCACUGACAGUCAGUCAGCCAGCCCACACCUUGACCUUUAAUUCACGUUAAUUUCUAAUGAAUGUGAAUUGAGGGGAGAAGGAGGACGAGAAAUGAAGCAGGACAAAUAAACCCGAAAAAAAAAAAAGAUUCUUUUAAUACUGGUUAGACAGAA